AUGUCGGAACACGAACAAAUUCUCAUCGAGCUUCUGAACAAGAUAGUGGCUGAGCAAGCGCUCGUCGCCCCUCAAGUGAAGAUACAGCCCAUCAGCAGCGGCGGAGCCAACUUCACCACCCAGCUGUUGCAGGUGACCAUCAGCCACGGAGACGAUGAGCUGAAACUGUUCGCGAAAGUGGCAGCCGUCGGAGAAAAAUUCAGGCAAGAACUUCCAGGUUUCCGGAUGUUUGAAGCAGAAAACGAUUUUUACACCAAACUCAUAAAAUUUUACGAAAACCUUCAAGAGAAGCACAAUGUGCCGCAGGACAAGCGGUUUGUAGCGCCGAAGUGUUACGGAUGCAGCAGCAAGCUGUAUGAAGAAGUCAUCGUGUUGGAGGACUUGUCGGCACAAGGGUUCACAGUGUACGACAGGAUGAAGUCGGUGGAUUGGGACUACGCCUCUAAGGCUGUGGAAGAAAUCGCUAAGUUUCACGCUCUGAAGAAAAAAGAAGCAGAGUAG